UUUGGCCGUCCCACGUCUGGGUCAAGAUGCCAGUGAUGAAGGGCCUCCUGGCCCCUCAGAACACCUUUCUGGACACCAUCGCCACCCGCUUCGAUGGCACCCACAGUAAUUUCCUGUUGGGUAACGCCCAGGGUCACCGCGGCUACCCCAUCGUUUACUGCUCGGACGGCUUCUGUGAACUGACGGGCUUCACCAGAACUGAGGUGAUGCAGAAGAACUGCAGCUGCCGCUUCCUGUACGGCAUGGACACCUGCGAGCACGUGGCCCAGCAGAUGGAGAAGGCUCUGGAGGGCCGAGAGGAGUACCAGGCCGAGGUCCACUUCUACAAGAAAAAUGGUGUGGCCUUCUGGUGUCUGCUUGACAUCGUGCCCAUAAAGAACGAAAAGGGCGAAAUGGUUCUCUUCCUCUUCUCAUUCAAGGACAUCACCGACACCUAUGGAAGGGCCCACCACAACAGCAAGAAGGAAGUUUCAGAGGACAAGAGGAGGAGGAAGAGCAGCUCUCACUUCAGGGAGGCCAGGAAGCGUGGACGCACCGUGCUGUACCAUCUGACCAGCCAGUUCUGCAGGGGAAGAAAAAGGGAUGUCAACCUUGGGGAUAGCAUGAUUGAAAAGCCUUCAAUACCGGAGUAUAAAGUAGCGGCCGUGAAGAAGUCACGCUUCAUUCUGCUCCACUACAGCGUGUCCAAGGCGCUGUGGGACUGGCUCAUUCUGCUGGCCACCUUCUAUGUGGCUGUCACCGUGCCCUACAACGUCAGCUUCACACCGUACGAUGACACCGUCACAGACGGGCGCUCCACCAUCCCCAGUGACAUUGUAGUGGAAAUGCUCUUUAUGAUAGACAUUAUCCUGAACUUCCGCACCACCUAUGUGAGCCAGUCAGGGCAGGUGGUGGUUGAGGCGCGCUCCAUUUGGAUCCAUUACGCCACCAGCUGGUUCUUUGUGGACCUGUUGGCUGCCCUGCCCUUUGACCUGCUGUAUGCCUUUAACAUCACCGUGACCUCCCUUGUCCACCUGCUUAAAACAGUUCGCCUGCUACGCCUGCUCCGUCUGCUUCAGAAGCUCGACCGCUACUCCCAGUACAGCGCCAUGGUGCUGACCCUACUCAUGUCUGUGUUUGCCCUGCUGGCACACUGGAUGGCCUGCAUCUGGUACAUGAUUGGACGCUGGGAAAUAGCGACCAAUGAUACCAGGGAAAUAGGGUGGCUUCAUGAGCUGGGCAAACGGCUGGAGACGCCUUACAUCAACAGCACGGUGGGCGGCCCGACAGUGCGCAGCUCCUACAUCGCCGCCCUUUAUUUCACCCUCAGCAGUCUGACCAGUGUGGGCUUCGGCAAUGUCUGUGCCAACACCGAUGCUGAGAAGAUCUUCUCCAUCUGCACCAUGCUCAUCGGCGCACUGAUGCAUGCCCUGGUUUUCGGUAACGUGACGGCCAUCAUCCAGCGCAUGUACUCCCGGCGCUCUCUCUACCACACACGCAUGAACGACCUGAAGGACUUCAUCCGUGUCCACCGUUUGCCCCAGCAGAUCAAGCAGCGCAUGUUGGAGUACUUCCAGACCACGUGGUCGGUCAACAAUGGUAUAGAUGUCAACAUGCUCCUGCAUGACUUCCCUGAUGAGCUGCGGGCCGACAUCGCCAUGCAUCUGAAUAAGGACAUCCUCCAGCUGCCGGUCUUUCUGGGGGCCAGUCGUGGCUGCCUGCGCUCGCUCUCCCUCCAUAUAAAAACCUCCUUCUGCGUCCCUGGCGAGUACCUCAUCCGUCACGGUGACGCGCUGCAUGCCAACUACUUUGUCUGCUCCGGGUCCCUGGAGGUGCUGAAAGACCACAUGGUGCUGGCGUUAAUAGUAAAAGGGAACCUCUUUGGUUCUGACCUGCCUGGACCAGACCAGGUGAUCAAGACCAACGCCGAUGUGAAGGCGCUGACCUACUGCGACCUGCAGUAUAUCAACGUGCGUGGUCUGAGAGAGGUGCUGGAACUGUAUCCGGAGUACGCCAGUGUGUUCGCAUCCAACAUCCACAACAACCUCACUUAUAACCUUCGUGAGGGCAGCCAGGAUGAGGGUCUCAGCAGGUUUUCACGGUCUCCCAGACUUCACCACCAGGAAUCCAGGCUCCCCUCUAUCGUGGAGACAAAGGGGGAUGACCCUGACGAUUUCCCCCUCUCUCCGGCUACCCGCUCCCGCCGAAACCUCCUGCUGCCGAGCUUCAGCAGCCCUGUUCGCCGCACCUCUCUGGGGAACCUCCUGGGGGACGAGUUGCGUCAGUUUAACACUCUGCGACGCUGCCGUUCCCCCAACUUGAGUCGUGCCGUCCACGGACAGAGCUCGUCCCCACAGCUGCCGUCCAAAAAAGAGCACAACUCCUCCCCUAAAUCCUCAACAGCCUCAACUUCAGCUCAGGUAGCGACGGGGGCCGAGCAAAAGCCUUCAAAGCUGCUCAUCCCAACCGUUACCUGCUUUGGACCCCCUGAACUCAGUCCCAGGCUCGUAGACGGUAUCGAAGACAACGGACACGCAUUCCACUUCAACGUGGAGCACAGCGGGCCCGGAGCCAGCACGGGAGGCAGCACCCAAGACUUAACACAGGCUAAUGCCGCUCUGCUGCUGGAGACAGAGGAUGUCCGACACAGCAUCAGUCAACUCAACCAAAAGAUGGGCUCACUAAACCAGGAAGUAUCUGAGAUCACCAGGAGCCUGCAACACAUGAUGCACCUUCUCCAGUCUCAUCUAUCUGUACAUCACUACAAAGCCUCAUAUCCGUAUGGCGUCCAAAUGGUGUCUGGCCACCUCGUCGCCCCCGACCCCGGCACGCCCUUCAACUUACCUCCAACCUACCACCUCCAUAACGACCCUGGGAUCCACCAAGGUGUCCCGCAUGCUUCCAACUUGAGCUACGGUGGAGCUGCUGAGACGCUAACAGUGAGCAACCAAUCCUCGAGUCCGCCUGCAAACUAUUGUCUCUCUGCAAACUCUGCCCCCAUUGGUCCUGAGAGCGUGACUACACAUCCACGGACCAGCCCUCCUCUUCUCAGAGUCAGCCCGUGCUUCCAGGGUGGAUGCCCAGACCUGGCGCCUCAACCUGGGCACAAACACUCCGACAACAGACCUCUCAGUUCGAGCCCCACCACCAUCAGCCAGUCCCAGCCCACUCUGUGCCUCCACCCUCCCAGUGAGAGAGAUGAGUACACUUGCCGUUUGUCCGGCGCCCGUCCAGCUACGUCCACACACAGCCUGCUGGACUCCCCGCCCAGCUCUUACCCCCACCUCUGUCUGCCCCCUGAUUUCAGCUCUUCACAAGCCUCACGGGAGGACAUUUGUGUUCUGAUCUCCGCCCCAACAUCCCACAAUCUGAUACAGGACAACUCUAUCUUACACAUGGAGGACUUAAACCCCUCUGCCUCUGCACCCACGUUGCCACCCGACCCUCUUGGAUCCUCCCUGGAUUAAGGAUCGGAGGCUUUAGAACCAAGGGAACCCGGUCCUUCUCUGGGCGACCCGUCUUCCAUGGAGCACACCAGUCUGGAGUGCCUGCUGGGGAACGGGGGCUCCAUGGAGAGCAGGGACAGCGAGAGCACGUCGUCGCGAAGGGCCAGCAUUGGCGUCCAGACUCAGAACAAAGAGCAGUCGUGGUCUCCAGACCUCACAGAUUAAACUGUUUCAGGUGCAUACUCACUGACUGAAUAUAAUGCAACUUCUUACAGUGUUUGUCAAUGUGUGCUGAAUAUACCCACUCUUAAUUCCUGGGCUUUCAUAUUAAAAAAAAAAAUCCAAUCUACACCAUUUCUAUGCAAAAGCAUGUUAUUUGUGCAUUAUCUUGAAUUUACUGUGUGUCUUUAAAAAUAAAUGUUCCAGUAUAUACUGUUUAUUUUUUCCAACAUCCUCAGAGCAAUUUGCUGUUGAUAAUACC